AUACAAUCGCCCCCUGAUCGGGAAUAUUACUUUCACAGUAGUAAAACGAUUUUUGUUGGUAACCAAGUAAUGCAAAAACCGAAUAACUGUAAAGUUUUUAUUUUACCUGCACAGGAGUCACAGAAAAUGGCAAGUUUUUUUACGUCCAUAGGCAGGAUGUUAUAAAAAAAGUGAUACACCAUAGUACAGACAUCGUCAGCUCCUUUCUUAGCAACAGAUUCAUUGAAGGUAUAAAAGAUAGAAUUUGAGUUUGGCAGAAUGUGGAUGUUAAAACUGAUGAAAUUUAGUUGCCGCUUUUAGUAAACAUCAUUUGUCGUGAUAUUUGGACAGGGCAAGUUUUUUUGGUAAUUCAUCGUGAUACUUUCGAUAGUGGGGAACUUCGAGGCACGUUUGCGAUGGUUAUCGACACAUUGAAAAACGUAAAUGAAGACAGGAGGUGUUUUCGGCUUGUAGGAGGUAUUUUAACAGAGCGAAAAGUGAAAGAUGUAUUACCUGCAUUGCUUACAAAUCAACUAAAACUAAUAGAGCUCAUAGCAAAACUAAAUGAACAAAUACUGAAGAAAGGACAGGAGAUAAAUGAAUAUAGGGAAAAACACAAUAUAAACUUUGUUGGUUUAGAUACUCCCAAAGCUGAAGAGCCACAAGCUGCCACACCUUCAGAACCAAGAGGAAAUGUCUUAGUGUCUUAAUCUAUAUCAAAUAGAUUUCACUUCUUUUUUAAAUUCAAUUUUCAUUAUACUCGUAUAGUUCAUUUAAAAUUUUUUUGGCACAAUUGAACUUAGCGAGUUAUAACUGCUAGGUUGUGGUAAAACAUUUGUUUUUUACAUUGUGUGAAUGAUACCAUGCCAUUGCAGAUCUCAAUGUUAUCAACAGACUCUGUGAAAGUUUUAUUAUCGGAGCACAGAUUUUGCUUUUUUCAGUUCACUAAAUUGAUGAAUUAUACAUUUUUGGAUUAUGUGUGCUAGGCCCACAAUAUGGUGAGAUACCGACAUCUCAUGCAUGAGAAAGAGUCAUCCAUAGGACAUAUAUUUUCAUUUUUGUAUUACUUACUAACUCAACAAAAAUAUAGAAGUUUUAUGUUGCA